CCCUCCCCGCCGCCCCCAUGGCCACCAAAAUCGACAAGGAGGCGUGCAGGGAGGCGUACAACCUCGUCAGGGACGAUGCCACCGAGGUGAACUGGGUGACUUUUAAAUACAACGGCUCUACAAUCGUCCCUGGAGACCAAGGGGUAGACUAUGAAACCUUUAAGAGGAAGUGCACAGAUGAUGUUCGAUUGUUCGGCUUUGUCCGAUUCACCACCGGUGAUGCCAUGAGCAAGCGAGUCAAGUUUGCCCUCAUCACUUGGAUUGGAGAGGAUGUCAGUGGCCUGCAGAGAGCCAAGACUGGGACUGACAAGACUCUGGUCAAAGAAGUAGUACAGAACUUUGCCAAAGAAUUUGUGAUCAGUGACCACAAAGAGCUGGAUGAGGAUUACAUCAAGAAUGAGCUGAAGAAAGCAGGGGGGGCUAAUUAUGAUGCACAGACUGAGUAAACACACCAACCUCCUGGCACCAUCACCUGGAUCUCAAAGGGAGGGGGAAGGCACAACAAACUAACACAACUGAGAGAUGAGGCAACUGAAAUCCCUGUUUGCUGUGUCUGCACCUAAGAACUCCCUUCCUUUCCAUACGACGGACUUUCAUUUUCCAUUCCAUCUCAUGCAACAUCCCUCUCUGGGGCUCUGGGUUUCCCUCUCCCAUUGUUUUUUUACUCAAAACUCUGUCCCUGUUCUCUCAUCUCUGGAAUUUAGGUUUGGCUCUGCUUUGGUCCUGUUCAGCAUUGUGUUUGUAGAGGCUUGCCAUCAUGUCCUU